AUGAGCUCACUGAAAAAUUGCAGAGAAAGGAAUUGGCUACAGGUACCAAGGUCAGGUCAGUUAGGUAUCGACGUCAGCGAAGAGGAAAGAUCGGACGACGAACCAGCAGAGGUCUCACUAGACGACGUCCGUCCGACACGAAACGAUGCAGGACUGCUGUUGGAGCUUCAGCAGUUUGAACACCCGUUCGCUAGACUGAGAAGCCCGUCACCUACACCACCCAUCAGAAUGACAAAGUUGCGCCAAAUCACAAGGCAGGAAGUGCUGGAUCAAAUGAGCGAACUGGUGGAUAAAGCGACACUGAACAAAUGGGACGAUGAGACGAACGCCAAGCUCGUUGCGACAUUGACUGAGCAAAUGGUUGCGGUGAUGCCCGAGGAAAUGAAGAACCGGUUGAAGAUGCUGGCAAGACAGAUGGACUAUGAAAGCAUCCAGGGCUGGCUGGAGAAAGCCGGAGACAAGACGAUCGAGAAAUGGACGGAGGUGGACAGUUGA